UGUGCAAAAGUGUAAAUGGGGUGCCUCAGGACUGUCCAUAAUUUUAAAGGGUGCUUUGCGACUGCCCAUAAUUUUAAAGGGUGCCUCGGGACUGUCCAUAAUUUUAGAGGGUGCCUCGGGACUGUCCAUAAUUUUAAAGGGUGCCUCGGGACUGUCCAUAAUUUUAAAGGGUGCCUCGGGACUGUCCAUAAUUUUAGAGGGUGCCUCGGGACUGUCCAUAAUUUUAAAGGGUGCUUUGGGACUGUCCAUAAUUUAUAGGGUGCCUCGGGACUAACCAUAAUUUUAAAGGGUGCCUCAGGACUGUCCAUAAUUUUAAAGAGUGCCUCCGUACUGUUCAUAAUUUUAAAGGGUGCCUCGGGACUGUCCAUAAUUUUAAAGGGUGCCUCGGGACUGCCCAUA